CAUACUUUGACAUUGUCAAUUUGACUUUUUGCGGCUUUGUGGAAGUUCUACAUAUUUUGGUUUAGAUUGGAUUCUUCAAAUAAUUUUCUAAGUUUUCUAAUAAAAUUUAGUUAUACCAUUGUUAUGAUUUGAUAAUAGAAAUCCACAGUAAGAAAUGAGUGCAUUAUUUAAUUUCCAAAGUCUUUUGUCCGUAAUUUUACUGCUAAUAUGUACGUGUGCAUAUUUGAGGUCGUUCUUCCCUGGCCUAAUGGACAGAAAUAAAACUGGGUUUUUGGGAACAUUCUGGAAAUGUGCAAGAAUCGGAGAAAGGAAGUCCCCCUAUGUUGCAUUUUGUUGUGUAGUUAUGGCAUUUACAAUUUUAUUCCUAACAUAAAAUAAAUAGUAAAUAAAUAUUUUAUAUUUUCAA